GCUCCCGAAACACCUCGUCAGUCGCCCUGCGUCUAACUCCGUGACGUUAUGACAUCACAGUUGCAUCACCAUGUCGCAGGUUUGCCUAAUUCGGGCCUGUAUUCACAGCGGAAGUGAAGCUGACUGGAAGCUGAAAACACGACAGAGCGCGAUGGGAGACAUUGUGGCGGGAGCUGGUUCAGACGUGUGUGCACCGACCAAUCAGAGCAGACCGGGAGAUUCAGGAGGAGGGGCCUUAAAGAGACACGUCGGAGACAACUGACGUGUUCUUUGAGUAUUAAAGUCUGUUAAACUAUUCUAGCAGUGACACAGACUUUAGUUAUUAACCUGAUAAUGAGCACAACAUCUCCUUUAAAGGACGUGUACACCUGGUUUAUUAAUUACAGUUAUCGUGUUAAAAACACACACGAAACCUGAAUUAUUACCUUUUUCCCCUAACAGAUGAGACAGUUUAUAUUUUUAUGAUGCCCAACUAGAAAUCCAGUCACCCCGCUGCUCAUUCAUUCCCGUCAGGAGCGCAAUUUAACUUUAUUCUUCCCAUAAAACUGUUUUUAUUAAAGUCCAGCAGCCAGUGAAGCUUCCUGGUCGGAGUCGCUUCCUCGUUCCUGCACGCCGCACUUGCUCCUCUUGCAGGCAGGAAUGUGGUCCGUCAGCUCCUGGAAGACAAACCUCAACUCCAAACCUCCGUAAUAACGCAAUCUAACCCGCGCCAACCUUUGUUUCCGUGCGUCGCAUCACCUGCACACCUGGAGGAGGAGGAGGAGUCCGGACGGGACAGGAGUGUAUAUAAGAUUAACCGCGCUGUCAGGCUGAGGAUGCAGGGAAGCUGCUGCGGGUCGUGAGGAGUCGCUCAACAUGGGGAACUGGAUUAUCAACAACGGGCUCACAGCCUUCAUACUGGUGGUGUGGAUGGGAAUCAACACUUUCCUCUUCGUCUGGUUUUACUUGUUCUACGAUUUGGGGCCUCGGUUUUUCUACACGCGCCAUCUUCUUGGGUCGGCGUUGGCCUGGGCCAGAGCUCCGGCCGCCGUCCUCAACUUCAACUGCCUGCUGAUCCUCCUGCCGGUCUGCAGGAACCUGCUGUCCCUGAUCCGAGGCUCCUUCGUGUGUUGCGGCAGAACGAUGAGGAAACAACUGGACAAUAACCUGAGUUUCCACAAGCUGGUGGCGUACAUGAUCGCUCUGAUGACAGCCGUUCACAUGAUCGCCCACCUGCUGAACGUGGAGUGGUACAACAACAGCCGGCAGGGCGUUUACGACGCGCUCAGCACGGCGCUGUCCAACCUGGAGGACACGGGAAACACCACCUACCUGAACCCCAUCCGCAUCACAGACCUCGAUCCGCAACAGAUUCCCACCUACUUCGCCUUCACCACCAUCGCCGGCCUCACCGGGGUCAUCAUCACUCUGGCCCUCAUCCUCAUCAUCACCUCCUCCAUGGAGGUCAUCCGACGCAGCUACUUCGAGGUCUUCUGGUACACCCACCACCUCUUCAUCAUCUUCUUCGCAGGGCUCGUCUUUCACGGCGCCGGACGCAUCGUGAGGAGUCAGACGACGACAGAUCCACCGCACAACUUCACCUUCUGCAAAGAUCGUGUUGAGGACUGGGGACGGAUCCCUCAGUGUCCCGUCCCUCAGUUCGCUGGAGGGUUCCCACAGACCUGGAUGUGGGUGAUCGGUCCGAUGGUUCUGUAUCUUUGCGAGCGUCUGCUGCGCUUCAUUCGCUACGUGCAGACCGUCCGAUACAGGAGGAUCGUGAUGCGUCCGUCGAAGGUGCUGGAGCUGCAGCUGCAGAAGAACGGCUUCAAGAUGGAGGUGGGUCAGUACGUCUUCCUCAACUGCCCAGUCAUCUCGCAGCUGGAGUGGCACCCGUUCACCAUGACCUCCGCCCCCGAGGAGGACUUCUUCAGCGUCCACAUCCGCUCGGCCGGGGACUGGACGGACAAACUCAUCGACAUCAUGCAGAAGCUUCCGGAGGGAGCGCAGGGACCCAAAAUGGGCGUCGACGGACCCUUUGGCACAGCCAGCGAGGACGUGUUCGACUACGAGGUCGCGAUGCUGGUCGGUGCCGGCAUCGGAGUCACUCCCUUCGCCUCCAUCCUCAAGUCCAUCUGGUACAAGUUCAAAGAGUCAAACCCUAAACUGCGCACCAGAAAGAUCUACUUCUACUGGCUCUGCCGGGAAACGCACGCCUUCGAGUGGUUCGCCGACCUCCUGCAGGUGCUGGAGAGCGAGAUGGAGGAGAGGGGGAUGGGCGAUUUCCUCACCUACAAACUCUACCUGACCAGAUGGGAUCAGAGCAUGGCCGAUCACGCGAAGGUCCACUCUGACAAGGACACGGACAUGGUCACCGGGCUCAGACAGAAAACCUACUACGGCAGACCCGCCUGGGACAAGGAGUUCGAACAAGUCCGCAAAGAGAACCCCACGUCGGUGGUGGGAACCUUCUUGUGCGGCCCCGAAGCUCUGGCAGAAGUCUUGCUGAAGAAAUGCGCCAAAUACUCAGACGUGGAUCCUCGAAAAACCAAAUUCUACUUCAACAAGGAAAACUUCUGAGCAAGCAGAACGAGGCAGACCGACAGGAAAGCAGCCUUCGGGCUAUUGAGAGACUAUUUUCUAGGAAUUUCUCAGCGUGGAAUAUUUGAAAAACAGUGGCGACAACCUGCGAUACCAGCUGGGUGUGUUUUGUCCAACUGUGCUGCUCAGAGAUAAAGAAGCAGGGCUCGUUAUUCAGCUCCGCUCAGAGUUCCACUCUCCGUCUUUGUGAUGAGACCAUGAAUCAGUCGGACUCAUAAUCCUCCGUGACUCAUGGUCUCUGUACGGCCGAUUACACUCACAUGUUUGUACUUCAGCUAGAUUUUAGGGACAUUUUUGACUGUUACAGAGACGCGUUUGUCUCUAUAAUACAGUUAUUUAAAAAAAAAAAAAAUUAGCAGGUUAACAUUUGAAUCAAGACAAUUUGUGAUUUGAUGUUUGUCCCUCAGAUACAUUUAACUACUGCAGCAGUUCAGAUGGAGACACAACAGUUAGUUGUUUACAUGAUUCUGUUUACUGGCUUUUUUUUUUUCUAUGAAUGAAACUGUACAAGUUGAUUAUUUCAUCCAAUCAAACAAUUCUUCGAGCUGUUCAGAACAUUUUAAAAGGAGCACUACGUAGUUUUGGAGAAGAAAUUCCAACUCAGAAUCUUUAUAAUUUCCGCAUUAAUGAGGCAAUAAUCAAAUUCCUAUAACUUCUCCGUUCUCAGAGGGAAAUAAGCUCCCAGAUCACUGUUUGAAGCUAGAAAGGUGGCAGGGUCCGCCACUUGUAAACAAAGUAUGAAACUGUGUUGUCUUUUAAGGUCAGCGUUUGCUCAUUUAGUUUGUUUAGGCAUGGAAAAAAAAAAUGAAUCAGUCAAUGAAACUCUUUCUCAUCUCGCAAAAGUACAUACUGCUCCUUUAAUCUUCAAGGAUUCUGAACACAGAAACAACCUUUGAUCAAAUCCACUGUAAAUACUGUAAAUAACCAUGUUGUGUUCUUAAAUACAAGACGGAGCUUAAAUGGAAGGUAGAAAGACGUUAAUAGAGUGUAAAGUAAACAAUUGGUACCUAUUCUUAAAGCUUGAGUGGUUAUGGCAACAGAUUUCUUGGAAACAAUUAUUACCGCCCGUCACAUCGCUGGUAUUUCCUUAUCAGAGCGAUAAGACGGCAUCGGCCAGGAGGAAGGCUGCCGGUCAUGUUACCGCGUGAAACAUCCUCCAGACACAAUGAAGGACUUUCAUCACUAUUUCUUGUAAUUCAUUUCCAAACUGUUUGAAUAAAUGAAUAAAAAGGGAGUCAACAUC